CUGCGCUGGGCCACUUUCCAACAAGGUCAGGCCGCUGAACAUGUUUGUGAUGGUGAUGGUUGUCAACGCCAUCAUCAUGCUGGGGAUUUGGCACGUCUUGCGCACGCUCGCUCCUCUCGUGAUAUUUGCGAUAGUCAAUGGGGUCGCUAACGGCAUCUCCGGACCUGGACGAGCGACAGUUGCAAUGAGCAUGUCAGUCAUUGGAUAGUCUGCAGGCUAUCUGAUGGAUGUGUCAAUCGCAGGUUACUUGCUUGAGGCCGUGGGUGGUAGCAAGCAAGGUAAAGGUGUUGGCCAGAGUAUUGAGGUCUACCGACCUUCUAUCCUCCACGCUAGUGGAGUGGCUACGCUCUCUGCUCUGUUCAUCAUCUUAGCAAUAUUGACAGUCACAAAGAAGGUCCUCAAGCGGGUGUAAGGUCUUCAUGAGUUGAAUCAUAU